ACUUUGCUUACACAAGUUGAUCUUCUCUUCACACAACAAGUCAGAGAGCUGACUAUUUACAACCUCCGCAAUGAUUGUGUACCUGUUCCUGUGCAUGCUCUGUACAACUUGCCUGGCACAAAUACCUUUCCAGGACCAUUACUCUUUCUCCCCAACGGUUGGAAGUGGUAGUGGAACGUCAUUUGCGACACAAGGAAUCGGUAGAAUCACAGCAGUUCGGGUUUGGGAGCUAAAUUCCGCUUACAUCGUUGGACUUCAAUUGCGCUAUGACUAUAUUUGGACUAAUCAAAUUGGCCGAGCAGUUGGCCAACCACUGGAAAUGAUACUGCACCCAGGAGAAAAAAUUAUUCAGGUGUCUGGUAAAUACUUCACCUCCAACUACAUCUAUCAGCUGAUAUUAGUGACCAGCACAGGCCGCAGUUUGAUCAGUGGCCAGCCUACACAGACCUCCUUUAACUUUUACCCCACUUACCCGGAUGCCGAGCUCCGAAUCCUGAGUGGCCGUUUCAACGGGGCUGGGAUCACUGGACUGGGAGCUCAUUGGGGAUUGAUCGACCCAAACGGAGUGGUGAACCCAAAUAGCACUUACGCGGGUUAAAGGCAUGCCAGCUUCAUAGUUUAGUUUUGAUGGAUUACAGAAGCUUCAAAAAUAUUUACUUACUCUUCAAUGAACAUCUUACUAUGGAUAUUUGAUACAAAAUAUAUAUACUGAAACAAAUCAUUAAAUGAUUCCCAAUGAUUGUUAAGAUUAACCGAAGAAGUGAUGGAUUUAUAAUUUUUGGUAAUGUUGUUGGUCAUGUUUUAUUUACCGUAUAUUACUAUAUAUUUUGUCUUAUCAUUAUUAACCUCUUUCAAACUGCAUUUUUAUCAACAACAAAAAUUAUUUAUUUAAGGGUAAAUAAACUGUAUCUUUGAGCAAUUUAAUUAGCUUACCAUUUGAUUUUAUACUGGUUUCCUGCACUUCAAACGCUUUGUUGAGGCCUACGCUCAUAUGUGGCAUGGUUAUACAGGUUUAACUGGAAUAAGCAUUGACCUCUUACAGUAACAGAAGAAAUUAUUCGAAAAGGGAGCAAAAGAAGACAUCAAACCACUGCUCUGCUUUGUUGUCUUUUCAGUCACGGUAGCUGAGGCAGAUAUGCGAAACAAUGGAAAAACUUAACAAAAGGAAGAAUUUAAUUUGACAAUUAGUGAUGACAAAUUAAGAUGCACUGUACACACACUGUGUAUAAAGCCCUUUAAAAAAAACAGAAACACCGGCAAAAAUACUCCAUUUACAUGUCAUGACCUGCGUAUUAACCAUGUAUUGUAUACGCAACAUUGUUAUAAUAAAAGAUAACAGAGAUAAACUACUUUUAGCAACUCCUUGAUCACAAAGCGGUAACUAACUUCUGCAGCUAUUGACAUACUGAGCCGGCGAGCUGCUGUGUCGCCUCUGGGUUUGUAAAAGUUUGUGCAAAAUUAUAAAUCAUGCCUCUCAAUUGUAUAGUAGAACGUUGUGAUCAUAAGCUGAGAACUUGGGCAACUUGAAAAACAAUUUAGGCCUGAAGACAUCGCAAGAAAGACUUGAGAAGGCGCUUGUUUUCUCCCACAAUUAUUUUUUUUUACCUAAAGAGUGAGGAUUAUGAUUAAUUAAUUAUCGCCUCCCUGCUCUAAAGGUUUAUUGUAGAUCAUAAAUCUUACAUUACAUCUCACCUGAAUAGAAGAAGGCUGAGGACGUAUUUAGACCCGUAGCCAAUUUAUACCCGGAAAUGGCGAGAACGAAACGUAAAGACUCUUAGCUCCACCUCCCUUUUCUUUGCGAGGAUUAUAAAUCAUUCCUCAUCUAAAUGAGAAUAUAACAAGAUUCUAUCAUUUGCCAUCCCAAUGACAGUAGGCAUUGUACAGUAAGUGAUGUUUUGUUAUGUUUGUUGGCUCUCAUAAAGUCAGCAGUAAGUAGUAAUCAGUUAUAGUGUUAAAAAAAAAGCAAAUGCUGUGAUGAGAUUUUAAAAUAAUGUGCCGCAUAUGCUUAAAAUGAUCAAAAUAUGUGAAUAUUAAAUUGUAUUAUAAAUGUGCCCGUUACUAGAUUACAUAUAUACUUAUGUCAUGUAUAUAAAACCUUAAUGGAGGUGUUUUAUUGUUUUUUAAGGGCUUUAUAGGCAGAAUAGAGCAACUCCCAUAGGCUCCAUUAUAAGCAGAAUUUUGAUCGCAUUUAUUCAAUAUUUAGAAUGCAGGGGAAAAAAAAAUCAUCUGUUGUCAAAUCAUUUAUAAUGAUUGUGAACAAUAGGCAAAAUUCCCCCCCAAAAAGUCCACUUCCCCUUUAACAAAUUGUAUCUUUACAUGAACGGAUAUCAAUAAAACUGAACAUAUUUAAAGUAAACAUAUUUUCCUGACUGUGGAACAGAGUCAACACAAUGAAAUUCCUCUCCAACUUCUACAUUUUAAGUUAUUAUAUAAGUAAUAUUGUUAAUGUAAUGAGAGUGUACAUAUGGAACGAAAUGGCCCCAAUAAGGGUCCAUUACUAUUAACUGUCAUUUAGCCCUACAACUCCCCCUGGGGGUCCCCACACCCACUGUAUUAAUUUAAGUGUGCCUUUUCUUUGGCCCACCCCUAUAAUGUUAUUCAUUUUCUCUGCCUACAGUAAAUAAAAAUGGCGUCUAUCUAUAACACACAUGUCAUUGUUUUUAUGUCAAGAUGAUUGGGAACGGUUUAUAAUAGUUAUGUGCAAUAAAACUUUUCAUGAACUCAA